AUGGCGACCACCAUUUAUAAAAACAAUUCCUGUUUCUCUCUCUCUCUCUCUCCCCCUCGCAAAUAUAUUCAUUGGACCUUACAUGUUAGUCUUUGUUUUCGUACAGAUGCCUGUUUGAUAGACUGUAGCUUCGCUGAGGCAGACCUCCGCUCAGCACAUCUUCAGACUGCUGAUCUUACCAAUGCCAAUUUAGAAGGAGCGAAUCUAGAAGGAGCCAAUUUAAAGGGAGCAAAGUUGGGUGGUGCAAAUAUGAAAGGUGCAAAUCUUCAGAGGGCUUACUUAAGGCAUGUUGAUCUACGUGAUACUCAUUUGUUGGAUGCAAACCUUGGGGGUGCAAAUUUGCUUGAUGCAAUCAGGUGAGAUGGAGGCAGCCCUGUAGACUCGAUAUAAAUUUGCCCCUUGUAUGUGUAUCUGAAAAAUUCUUUUGUAUGUGGGACUCCACUAAUAAUUGUAGAAAGGAAAAAUGAAAUUGUGAAUUUGUGGAUUAUAUGAUAUUGUAAAGCCAAUCUGAACAUGGAGAAAUUGCUUCAAUUCCGCGACUUUUAAGAAACUCAUUCUAUUA